AUGGAGGAGGAACUCGGAGGCAACUUUGUGAUCGCGGUGGACGAGCUUGGGGUGACAGGGCUAUGGACGACAAUCAAGGACCUGCUGGAGGCGCGCACACCGCUGCAGGGGCUGAUGCUCUCCAAUAAGUUCGGAAAGCCGACGCAGGUCCCGAAGUUGCCGCUCACCUACGUCCUCUCCAACGACAAGCGGCUGCAGCGGCUGCGGCCGUUCUCCCACAGCCCCGUGACCUGGUUCCGCAACCCCUACACACACGUCAUUUUGCUGCUGGCAGUCGCGGCGGCCGGCCAGGGCCAGGGACGCGGCGCGGCCGCGCGGCGGCGCGCCGCUGGGCAGCUCCUCGGGGCGGGGGCUCGCCGCACCGCUGACCAGUUGGGGGCCAAUGUGUCCACCGCUGACGUCACCGAGUACAAGAGCACCACCCGGGCCAUGGUCAAGCGCGCCACGCUGGAGAUCGAGCGGGACUGGGGCAGCCCGGGCGUGUCCAGCGAGUGGCUGGUGCUUUACGUGCGACCCUUUGAGCUUGACGCCUCUGACCGCGGCGCCAGGAAGGUGUUCGAACGUUUGAAAGACGACUUUGCCUCCAAAAAACGCGAGCGCGUCGUUCGGCUUGACGUCCCACUCCGCGCCUUCGACCCCGGCGCCGCCGCAUCUCGCCGCGGCGCUGCCGGCGCUGGUGCCGGCGGGCUCGCGCCGCCGCCGCCGGCGGGGGUGGCCGGGCUCGAGGAUUGGGACGCUGCGCUCAGGGAUGCGUUGAAGGCCGGGUUUGAGGCGCGGCAGGCGGGGUACGACUCAGAGGUGCGCAAGCUGCUCAACGAGCGCCGAGAGCCCAGCUGGAGCUUCACCACGCUGUACCUUGUCAAAGACAGCUUCGCCCUCAUGCUGGAGGGCGCGGGGCUGUGGGAGGACGCAUUCCAGGAGUAUGUUGAGCUCGAGACAUGCUACCUCGACACACUCGAAUCCUCGGCCUCGUUGACAGCCUCGGGAUCCGGCUCCUCCGCCCAAGGCCCCGGCGGCGCGGCGGCGGCGGCGCCGCCGACGCCGCCCGCGGGCGGCGCGUCCCUUGGGCGUGACGGCGGCGGCGGGGGCGGCGGCGCGGCGGGGUCGGUGCAGGGGCAGCCGGGCGGCGGCGGCGGCGGCGGGAGCACGGCGGUGCGUCAGUCAGCUUUCGACUUUGGCGUGGGGGAGGGCGAUGACGUGGCGGUGCUGCUGACCACCUCCUGGCGCACGAUGCGGCGCGCUGUGCUAAAACGCAAUGGGGUUCCCGAGUUCCCCUUCCGCCAGUACCUCUUUGCGGCCCAGGCGCGCGCUCUGCUGCACCUGAACCGUCCCUUGGACGUGGCCGAGCGCGGCCUGAUGUUCGUGCAGACAGUGCUGCAGCUGCUGGCGGAGCGCGAGGCUGCUGACGUUAUCAGGCCGUGGUUCAAGGAGCACGCCUGCCGGGGCACGGGCGAGGGUUUCGGCGGGAUCAGCGCACAGCAGCAGCAACCCCUCCGCACUCGUUCCAACACGCCGCGCUCCAGCUACCCGGCCGCCGAUCGCCCCCGCAACACCCACGCCGCCACCUCCUUCCCCAAUUAG